GCUGCCCCGGGUAGGGGCACAGUCACACCCAAGGCCAUGUCUUACUACCUCAACUCAGAAAACCACCGGGACCCAGGUCCCAUCUAUGUACGAGAAAACGGUCAGUUGCACGUGGUCAGUCUGGCUCUGGACAACGUCAGGAGUAGCCUGCAGAAUCCGAGGCCCUUCCAACUGUUUUCCAAAGGCUUUUCUGUGGAGCUUUGCAUGAACAGGGAAGACGACACUGCCAGAGAGAAGACUGAUCAUUUCAUCUUCACGUACACCUGGGAGGGGAAUCUCCGGUACUCGGCCAAAUCCCUCUUCAACCUGGUCCUUGGCUUCAUCUCCGACAAUGUUGAUCACAUUGAUUCCCUCAUUGGCUUUCCUGAGCAGAUUGCUGAAAAGCUGUUCUCUGCUGCUGAAGCCAGACAGAAAUUCACAGAGCCAGGUGCAGGGCUGACAGCUUUGCAGAAAUUUACUGAGGCCCAUGGAAGUCUGGUGCUUUGCUCCCUGUGUUUGCGGAACAGAUACCUGGUGAUUUCAGAAAAGCCUGAGGAGAUUAAGUCUUUCUGGGGGCUGACCUGCCUGGAUCUUUCCUGUUGCAAGCUUGGAGAUAACCACAAACUUCUAGAAUACCUCACCAAUGAGGCUCUGUCCAGUGUCACUCAACUCCACCUGAAGGAUAAUUGUUCAUCGGAUGCUGGGGUGAGGAAAAUGACAGCCCCUGUUCAAGUGAUGAAAAGAGGCCUUGAAAAUCUAACAUUAUUAAACUUAUCUUGUAACCCUGAGAUCACAGAUGCAGGAAUUGGAUACCUGUUUUCUUUCAGAAAACUAAACUGCUUAGAUAUCUCUGGGACAAGGCUCAAGGAUGUAAAAGCCGUCAAGCACAAGCUGCAGGCACACAUAGGCCUUGUUCACUCCAAAGUGCCCUUGAAGGAAUCUGACCAUAGUAUCCGCAAGACGAAGGGCUGGGCCGAUCAGACCGUGCGGCAGUGGGAGUGGAAGAUGGUGAAAUCUGUGAAGACGCCAACAGCGGCGGAGCCUCGGAAAACAGCACAGUACUUCUAUAGCAGCCGGUUCCUCACGGAGGCCUCGCUAAGGUGUCCCCUGGAAGACACUUCUGGGAAACUCCAGUUCUACAGAGAGAAGACUGCAGACUCCCACGGGCCGCUGUUGAAACACGAGGCUGUCUCGACCCAGGAGUCGAAGAGCAAGAAGAGCAAGUCAGAGAAGGAGCAGAGUAACUCCUCACAGGCUUCCAAGCAGAAAUGCGUGUGCCUCACUGUGCAGGACUGGGACUCAGUAAACGCCUACUGA